AUGUUCCAUACUCGUCCUCAUUUACCCACUUACCCUUAAAAUCGUGGUAUUGAAUAUAACAUAUUGAAGCUCAUAAUAAAGGAGGUAGUGAAACUAGAAAGGCUAUAGAUCAUUAUAGUUAUGCAAUAAAUGAUGAAAUAGGAAGAGGCUUUAGUAGUAGGGUUUAUAAAGGAAGAGAUGAAAAUACACUUGAACCAGUAGCAGUAAAAGUAAAAUAUAUAGAAAUAUAAAGGUUAUUGAUAUGAAAAUGGUUAAAUAAUCAAUUCAUGCAUAGCUAUUAAAAAAUGAAAUAAAUGCUUUAAAGGCAUUUAAUAGUAAAAAUAUAAUGAAGUUAUUUGAUGUGUUUUAAACAUAGAAUAAUACUUAUAUCAUAACAGAGUUUUGUGAUUCGGUAAUACUAAAUAUAAUAUAUAUUCAGGGAGAUCUUAACAAUUACAUAAAAAAGAAGGGAAGGAUAGAUGAAAGUGAAGCAAUUCGAAUAUUGCAAUCAGUAGUGAGUGCUGUCAAUGAAAUGAAUUAGAAGGGAUAUAUUCAUAGAGACAUAAAACCAGCAAAUAUUCUUAUUGAUAAGAAUCUUCCAAAAUUAGCAGACUUUGGAUUUGCUGUGCCAGCUCAUGAAGCUAGAUUGUAAGGGAAGAAUUUCAAUGUAGGGACUCCACUUUAUAUGUCUCCUUAAGCAUUGAGAUAAUAAGGACAUACCGAAAAAGGAGAUGUAUGGGCUAUUGGUGUUGUAUUCUUUGAAAUGUUGUAUGGUAAUUUAUUUAAGUUAAUUCCUAGGCAGAACACCAUAUAAUGCCUCAUCAGAAGCUGCUCUAAUAUCAAAUAUUAUGCAUUAGUAAUUAAUGAUUCCAUCUUCUCCUACUGUUACAGAUAAAGCUAAAGAUUUUAUUAGAAAAUGUUUAUCUGUUGAUGAAAAUAAAAGAUUAAGAGUUAAAGAAAUGGUUCAUCAUGAAAUCAUAGAAUAAAGAGCUUUAACUCCUGUUGAAAGAGCUCCUCCUAGAAAACCUUUUGAAGAAAUUUCUAAUCUUAAUAUUCCUACUGAACCUUCAUAAAUUUAAAAGUUUAAACGCUCUUAAAGUCAAGGAGUUAAAGAAGUUCCUAUUAAAGAAUAUAAAACUUAAUAAAUCGAAGAAAAAAGAAAAUUACAUGAAGCUAAAUAAAAAAAAUUAUAAGAAUAAAUUUAAAGAUCAUCUAGUUAAUAACAAGCACUAUAACCAUAAAAAAUUACUAAAACUAGUGCUUUUGAAGAAUAAUAACCUUAAGUCUAAAAACAAAAAACCAUUAGUAUGGAAUUCAAAUCCAAUAAUGAAGUCCUUUUUAGUUAAAUCAAUUUUUGUAGAUUCUUAUAUAAAUUUUCAUAAAAUCUUGCUACUUGCAAAAUAUUUUCAACUGAAAUUAGAGAUAAAUUACUAUUUUUAAUGGGUAAAAAUAUUGCAAUCAAAAUAAAUAAAUUGGCAACUAUUUUAGAUAAAGAGAAUAAAUAAGUUAAUAUCUUUUAAUUAGAUGAUUAUGAAGGAUAUAAAAAGAGUGAAUCUCAUAGUAAAUUUAGUUAAGCUAUCUCAGAAUAUAAUGAUAAAUAUAUGAGACAUUUUGAGAAAAUUUUGAAACUUGCAUCUAAGAAUGGUAUCAUUUCUAAUUCAUAUUAAAGAAUUCUAAAAAGAUUAGUUAAUUGGUUGUCUCUGCAAUAAUGAUAUUACAGAAAAUGAAUCUUUCUAUAAAAUUUCAUUAUAAUACUUAAAACAAAGUAUUACAGAAAUUAAAUCCAAUUUUAAGUCAAUUUCUGGUCAAAAAGAUUUAUUACUACCUGAAGAGGUAAAAUUUUUAUUAUAUUAUUAUAGCUUUAAAUGCCGUCCUUCAUUCUUUUUGGUCUUCAUGGAUAUUAGUAAUUGAUUUCAAAAACUAUGGAAAAUUGGUCAGACUAUAAACAAUUUUAAAAAGCAUCAUCACCUGAAUUACUUAUAGAAAGAAAACCAGGAUAAAUGAAUUAUGGAUAAUUGGAACAAUUACUUUGA